AAACGCCGAACAUCAAUUUUGUUGCCCUCUCUUUCACUCCAACCCUAUCAAAAUAAAUUAAAAAAAAAACAUUACGAGCAACCAAAAAAAAAGAUCCGAGGAGAACACCUCUCAGAUUCUACGGCUUGUCAUCAAUGGCGAGACCCAACCAGGAAUCGAUCGACACCUUUAUGAGCAUCACUGGCGCUUCCGAAUCAGUCGCCGUCCGGAAACUCGAGGAGCAUCUUGGUGAUCUCAAUGAAGCUGUUAAUGCAUAUUUCAGUGAGGGAGAUCGAAAUAUGGUACCUGAAGCACCGAUGAAUGUCCCUCAGGAUGAUGCGAUGGAUAUCGAUGAUGUGAUUCCUUCUACACGAAGAGAACCUCCUGUGUCGCUUCUCUCUGCUGCUAGAACAAUGGACCCCUUUUCGCUUUUGCAACCAAACUUAGGUAGAAGUUUAUUUGAUAAUGAUCCACUUAUGUCACGUUCCCCUUUUGUCACACAUCCAAGAGAGGUCAGGCAGAUACCGAUAGAGGUUAAGGAUAGCAGUGAGCCAUCUGGUCGGUCAAGUGAUGCUCCUGCUAUUGAGGAUGUGACAGGGACCGUGCAUGCUCAGGGUCCGGCUGUUGAAGGGAUGGUCAUUAUAGACGAAGAGAGUGAUGACAAUAGUCAUGCUGCACCAAGAGGUCAAAGUAGGCAUGUCCGACCUACAGCUCCUGCACCUGAUAAUUUUCAAGAGUACAAUGACAUAGAAGAAGAAAUGAUCCGGGCUGCCAUCGAGGCUUCAAAAAAGGAGGCAGAGGGUCCGAGAAACCCGUCUCCUGGAAAUAGGCAGUCUCACAAUGAAGAUGAUGACAUAGCAAAAGCUGUCACAAUGUCCUUGAAGUCUGCCGAGGAAGAAGUUUUGCGGAACCAAGGCUUGAAGGCAUCAAGCUCAGAAGGAGGAACUUCUAAAGUGACUUUACCGGAGCUGCAGAAUACACAAGCCGUGAAUGGAAGGUUUGUCGGUCCUCUCUUAUCGGCAUCACCUAGCUCACCAUUGAAGGAUGACUCUGAUGAUGUUGAGGAACAACCUCUUGUUAGGCACAGGUCGAGGCGUGGGGCCUCUGGUUCUCAGGCCCCACCUAACUUUGAUCGUUCUCGCAGCCCUGGAGCAGAACAUGCAAGUACCCAUCCACCUGAUAGUGGCAAUGGGUUUGCUUCUGAGUGGGGAGGCAUAUCUUCCGAGGAACAUGAUGAAGCUGUCAUGCUCGAGGCUGCAAUGUUUGGUGGAAUUCCUGAGAGCGGGUACAGUUUUCCUUAUGCAUCUCGCCAGCACAUGAUGACACCACGUCCACCAUCGCCUUCAUUGACAGCUCAGAGAAUGAUACGAGAACAACAGGAUGACGAGUAUAAUGCAUCGCUUCAAGCUGACAGAGAGAAAGAGAUGAAAGCCAUCAGAGAAGCUGAGGCCCGUCAGUUAGAAGAGGAAGCUGCGAAAAUGGCAGCUCUCGAAGAAGAAAAGAGGAAGGAGGAAGAAGCGCGCAGAAAACUCGAGGAGGAACAGGAGCUGGAGAGACAACUAGUUGCGAAAGAAGCGUCUCUGCCAAGGGAACCACCAGCAGACGAAGAAAACGCCAUGACCCUUCUUGUCAGGAUGCCAGAUGGCACCCGCCUUGGCCGCCGUUUUCUCAAAUCCGACAAACUCCAAUCUCUUUUCGAUUUUAUAGACAUUGGCAGAGUGGUGAAGCCCGGCACUUACAGACUGGUGAGGCCAUACCCGAGACGUCCUUUCAGCGAAGGGGAGAGCGAGUCGACUCUGAACGAUCUCGGGUUGACCAGCAAGCAAGAAGCUCUGUUCCUGGAGCUCAUAUGAAGUGUUUUAAUGCUUCAAAUUCCUUCCUUGGUAUGAACUAUAAUAUCAUCUAUCUAUAUAUAUAUAUAUAUAUAAUGUGAAAGCUCUUCUACAGCUUCUUCAUAGAAUGCUUUUCUUUUUUUUUCUUUCAAAGUUUUAGGGUUUUUUUAUUCUCCAAAAGAUUUCUGGUUUCUGCUCAUUCAGUGAAGGAAGCCAAAAAAGCCUCCCUUUUUUUUUUUCUUUUUAUUAUUUGGGUUUUUAAUGUUAAAACUGUAAGCACAUUGGCCUCGUCGUCGUUUUGGAUGGGUUUGGCCUUUCGUCGAUACAUGCAUGCAUGCAUGCUUAAAAUCCGAAUGUUUUUUCCUUUGUUACUCGUAAUUUUAUUCCUGUGUUGUUUGGAUAUU